GGACGGGUCCAUGUAGCUAUACAAGGUGGGAGGAGUCUCCCCGGCACGUAGCCGGCAGUGGUACCGUCUCAAGAUGUCCGCCACCAUGAAGAAAGCGGUCGCUGAGGACGUCAAUGUCACCUUUGAGGACCAACAGAAAAUUAACAUCUUCGCCAGGAACACAAGUCGUAUCAACGAGCUGAAAGAUGAGAUUGAGCUGAAGAAGAAGGAGCUCCAGAAUUUGGAGGACGCCUGCGAUGACCUCAUGAUGCUGGACGACUCCCUGUUGAUUCCUUACCAGAUCGGCGAUGUGUUCAUCAGUCACCCUCAGGAGGAGACACAGGAGAUGCUCGAAGCUGCCAAGAAAGCGGUGGAGGAAGAAAUGGAAGCGUUGCAGUCCCGGGUAGAGUCCAUACAGCAAGUUCUCUCUGAUCUUAAGAUCCAGCUUUACGCCAAGUUUGGAAACAACAUCAACCUAGAGGCGGAAGACAGCUAAAUCAUUUCAAAUCAAUAUACAUUUUUUUUUUUUU